UUGUACUUUUUUUCCCAAGCAUUAUGAAUUCCUCUUUGGUAACAUGAAAAUCUGGCUCCAUAAUGUUUACUGGAGGGGUUCCUCCAUUUCGCCGCGUGCGUGAGCACGCUCGCGCGCCUGUGACAUCACAGAUGGGAUUGGCUCGCCCUGGCUGGGGUGGAGAGAGUCUUUCACACAGGCAAACAGAGGCAGAAGAUGGAGCGGAGAGUCAGAGGCAGAGGGAAUAGUUGCCUCCAUCCGCGGACCACAGCCAAGAUCCUCUGAAGGCGAACCACGCCCCGCGGCCAGGGGAGACCGUCAGCUCCCCCCCUCACCUCCAAGACAACUAAGUGCCCAAACUCCUGGGCUGGAAGGCGGGAUGGACUGUGAAGAGGAGUUCUAGUCGGGUACAGGCUGUGCGUGAAGAUGAAGUUCGGGAAGAGCAUCUGCGUGCUGAAUGUUGGGGGAACCCGUUACGCCUUCACCCGUGAGGUGAUCAGGGAUUUCCCUCUCCGGCGCGUCAGCCGCUUACAUGCCUGCGCAACAGAGAAAGAGGUGCUGGAACUGUGCGACGACUACGACCGGGACCAGAAUGAGUUUUUCUUCGACCGCCACGCGCAGGCUUUCGUGUUCAUCAUGCUGUACGUGCGCUCUGGGAAACUACGGUUCGUUCCCGGCGUGUGCGAGCUGUCCUUCUACACGGAGAUGCUCUACUGGGGGCUGGAGAGCGCGCACCUGGACUCCUGCUGCCAGAAGCGCCUGGACGACAGGAUGUCCGACAUCGGACUGGACAGUCUCUCGGAGGGGGACGUCGUACUGUCAGGGGAUGAGCCUCAGAGCCCGGAAGAGACGGCGCCACGGACUGCGCUCACGGGCCGCGCUAAAUGGCUCGAGAAGGUGCGCAAAACAUUCGAGGAGCCAAACUCUUCCCUCGCAGCGCAGAUUUUGGCUUCGGUAUCCGUGAUUUUUGUGAUCAUUUCCAUGAUAAUGCUGUGUGCAAGCACACUGCCGGAUUGGGACACGGCUAAGAGGCAAACGGUGGAGGAGCACAGUCUGUCCUCCCAUGGAAGUCCCGAGGAGGCCAUUUUCUAUAUAAGGAUCGUGGAGGCCGUGUGCAUCGGCUGGUUCACAGCGGAGUGCACAGUGCGCUUUCUGGUGGCCAGAGACAAGUGGGACUUCAUCCGCCAUCCGCUAAACAUCAUCGACGUGAUUGCCAUCACCCCCUACUAUGUCACCAUGGCGAUGGCCGGCGCAGGGAUGCCUGGGGCCGGGCUCGGGGUCGCCGGGGUGAUACUGCGGGUGCUGAGGAUGAUGAGAGUGUUCUGGCUCAUGAAGCUGGCCAGACACUUCCUGGGCCUGCAGACGCUGGGGCUGACGCUCAGGCGCUGCUACCGGGAGAUGGUCAUGCUGAUGGUGUUUGUCUGCGUCGCCAUGGCGAUCUACAGCGCUCUGGCACAGCUGCUGGAGCACGGCUUGGACGUGGACUCGCCGAACAACGAUUACGCCAGCAUCCCGGCCGCCGCGUGGUGGGUCAUCAUCUCCAUGACCACGGUCGGAUACGGGGACGUGUACCCCGUGACGAUCGGGGGACGGGUGCUYGGCGGGAUGUGCGUGGUGAGCGGGAUUGUCCUCCUGGCGCUGCCCAUCACGUUCAUCUACCACAGUUUUGUCCAGUGCUACCACGAACUCAAGCUCCGCUCUGCCAGAUAUGCACGCGACCUGUCCGAAGAAAUGCUGCAGUGAAGACGCACCUCUGAUCCCCCACUGCCUCUGACAAAAACACAACAAACCACAAGACACGCUGAUCUCACCAAAAACCCAGCAUUCCAUAAAAGCAGUGGUGGGCAGCACUAAUAUAAACAUUACUUGCAUUAACCCUAAAGCACUAACUCAGAUAUUUAGG